AUGAGGCCGAACGAAGAGUCGGAGGUGCCCACCUUGGCGCAGCGCCUGGAGAAGCUGAAGCGGCGGGCGGGCGAGGGCAUCGAGGCGUCGUCGUCGGCGCUGGGCGAGCUGGGCCGGGCGAUCUGGAGCCGGCCGGAGCUGGCCUACGAGGAGCGGCAGGCCCACGCCGCCCUCACGCGCUUCUUCGCCGCCCGCCCGGCCUGGGCGGUGCAGCCGGCCUACAAGCUGGAGACGGCCUUCCGGGCGGACUGGGCCUGGCCCGGGCCGCCCCGCCACGGCGCCGAGCCCCCCGCCGCCCCCCUCCGCCUGGCCUUCCUGUGCGAGUACGACGCCCUGCCCGGCCUGGGCCACGCCUGCGGCCACAACCUCAUCGCCCAGGUGGGCGCCGCCGCCGCCCUGGGCCUCCAGGCCGCCCUCGAGGGCCUCGCCCCGCGCGGCCCCGCCGUCCAGAUCACGGUGCUGGGCACUCCUGCUGAGGAAGAUGGAGGAGGUAAAAUAGACUUAAUCAAAGCUGGAGCGUUUGAUGAUCUAGAUGUUGUUUUCAUGGCUCACCCCUCCCAAGAAGAUGCAGCUUAUUUGCCUGAUGUAGCAGAGCACGAUGUGACUGUGAAAUACUAUGGAAAAGCUUCUCAUGCUGCUGCUUACCCUUGGGAAGGAGUAAAUGCAUUAGAUGCUGCUGUUCUUGCAUACAACAAUCUGUCACUUUUAAGACAGCAAAUGAAACCAACCUGGAGAGUUCAUGGUAUAAUAAAGAAUGGAGGUGUGAAACCUAAUAUCAUCCCUUCUUAUGCUGAAUUAGAAUUUUACUUGCGUGCCCCUUCGCUAAGAGAACUCUCAGUCCUGACAGAAAAAGCAGAGAACUGUUUUAAAGCUGCUGCUCUGGCCACAGGAUGUGAAGUGGAACUACAAGGUGGAGCAAAUGAUUAUUAUAAUGUGCUUCCUAACAAGAGCCUUGAAAAAGCUUACAUAGAGAAUGGGAAGAAGCUUGGCAUGGAGUUUAUCUCAGAUGAGAACUUGAUUGGGCUGUCAGGUUCUACUGACUUCGGCAAUGUUACGUUUGUGGUUCCUGGGAUUCAUCCCUAUUUUUACAUUGGCUCAGAUGCACUGAACCAUACUGAGCAGUACACAGCAGCUGCAGGGUCAGAAGAAGCACAGUUCUACACCUUGCGGACAGCUAAAGCUUUGGCAAUGACUGCACUGGAUGUUAUUUUCAAGCCAGAUCUGUUGGAGAGAGUUAGAGAAGAUUUCAGAAUAGUUAAGCUGAAUGAGGAAAGUCACAUGAAUGCGCCUGAACGUGGAAAAGGGUCUCUUCUUGGUAUUGGAGCUGCAUGUGCCUCACGUUGAAUAACAGCACUUCACAACUUUAAACUCAAUAGAAUAUCCUGAAUUGUUCUACUUGAAUUCUAGAGAAUGUUUAAUAGCUGAAAAGAGAUGCUGAUAUUUUAAGUGGCACAACUAAAUGACCUCAGUGUACUUCCAAAAUAUCUGUGGUCUAGUAUCAUGUAACUGCCCUAAUUUGGCAGACAAAA